AAAUCAAGAGUCGGAUGCUUAACUGACUGAGCCACCCAGGCACCCCUUUGAUAUUCCUUUUUAAAUCAUAUUUUGUUCUGGACGUUGCUGUUACUACCUUGAGCAACAGCUAUAUUUUGCUGACCUUGACCUGUUUUGCAAUCCCACAGGAAGGUACAAUGGCUCAGCUACUCCUUCUUCCUUCUUCUGCCCUUCUAUAAUAAUAAAAAUAAAAUGUUUUAUUAUUUCCUUCUUGGAAGGGCACACAUCCUUGGUUGUUUAUGGAGUUCUCCCAGCUGGGCAUGACCCUCUGGGGGAGAAAGUAUUUGAACAGAAGCAGAGGGGAACUCUGGCAGAUGUUUCUAAGUCACAGCUGUGGCUUUCUGUGGGGCGUGGAGGGGGGCAAGGCGAGGGCACCUUUGAAGAGAGGGAACACAGCUCCAUUUGGUUUUCCUGAGCACGCUCCAGCUAGAAUGCUUGCCCUGAGCUCUGCCAGCUGGGUGGCCACCGUGGCCAGGCUGGGGGCCAGAAGCCAGGAGGCCCGUGUGGAGGUCCGGCUGGCUAUGGCGGGGGCUGGUUCUUGCACACGGAGGCCACCUCUAAGGCCUGGGCUCUGCCCCAGCUCCUUUGCACCUCCUGUGAUCUCAGGCCUGGGGCUGGGCGGGACCGGGGACUGUCAAGAAGCUCUCGUGCCUUGCAGCUACCUGGUGAUGCCCUUCAUGCAGACAGACCUGCAGAAGAUCAUGGGGAUGGAGUUCAGUGAGGACAAGAUCCAGUACCUGGUGUAUCAGAUGCUCAAGGGUCUUAAGUACAUCCACUCAGCUGGGGUCGUCCACAGGGACCUGAAGCCGGGCAACCUGGCCGUAAACGAGGACUGUGAGCUGAAGAUCUUGGAUUUUGGGCUGGCCCGGCACGCAGAUGCUGAGAUGACCGGCUAUGUGGUGACCCGCUGGUACCGGGCCCCUGAGGUGAUCCUCAGCUGGAUGCACUACAACCAGACUGUGGACAUCUGGUCUGUGGGCUGUAUCAUGGCAGAGAUGCUGACCGGGAAAACUCUGUUCAAGGGGAAAGAUUACCUGGACCAGCUGUCCCAGAUCCUGAAAGUGACCGGGGUGCCGGGUGCAGAGUUUGUGCAGAAGUUGAAUGACAAAGCAGCCAAAUCCUACAUCCAGUCCCUGCCACAGAGCCCCAAGAAGGAUUUCUCUCAGCUCUUCCCACGGGCCAGCCCCCAGGCCACAGACCUGCUAGAGAAGAUGUUGGAGCUGGACGUGGACAAGCGUCUGACGGCCUCGCAGGCCCUCGCCCACCCCUUCUUUGAACCCUUCCGAGACCCAGAGGAGGAGACAGAGGCCCCGCAGCCAUUUGAUGACUCCUUAGAACAUGAGAAACUCACAGUGGAUGAAUGGAAGCAGCACAUCUACAAGGAGAUUGUGAACUUCAGCCCCAUUGCCCGGAAGGACUCACGGCGCCGGUGUGGCAUGAAGCUGCAGUGACCUGCCCAGCCUCACCCUUAGCUGAGCCCAGGGACCACCACCCGGCACCACCUGCCAGACACUGCCCCUGGGACCGAUGUCUGUUUGUCACUACUACAGUUUCAGCUCUUCUUGGAUUAUAGCCUUCCAGGCGGAGGACACAGGGCCCUUGUCCUUGUGGUAGGAAACAGGCCUAGUACGUGCAGAAUUCAGGGAUGUUGGCUGGGAGAAAACAGCUCUGAUCACAACCAGCCACAUUAAAAUGCCGGUCUGGAGAGUC